UUUAAACCCUAAUUCCAAAACCCCACCCCUUAACUCUAAACCCUAAGGUUUGGAUUAAUUAACCCAAGGGGUAUAAGUGUAUAUUACCUCUUUAAUGAAACCUAUUUUUGUGACUUUUAGCCUUGAGUGCUACUUUGGGAACAAAAACUUGGUUUAGUGCUAUUUUAGUCUUUUUCUCUAUAUAUAUAUACAUAACACAUAUAUUAAGGACCCCAAUGGAAAGAACCUCUAUUGGAGGUGCUCUAAUUGUUUAAUUCCCUAAGAUAAUAGUUUUCAAAUCUGCCUUAUAUCAUUCGACUACGUUUGUGUGGAGUGGAUGAACCCAUUUGAACAUCUCAACAUGAAAAACGAGUUUUUUGUCCGAUGCCUAGUUUCUUGUCCGAUACCUUGUGAGCCUAAUCCUUGACAUGUUUGCCAACGAUAACAUUCUGCAUUCAAUUUGUCAAUCACAACAUUUAUCUUUGUAUAUAUAGCAAACCAAAUGAACAAAAAUUUCUGUAUCUAAACUCAUAAAUCCUUUUGUAUGUAAAAAUGGCUAUGAUAGGCUUAUUUGGAGUCUUCAUAGCAUUCAUUUUCUUCGUUAUAUACCAAUGUUUCUUUCUUUGCAAGAAAUCUCACAAUUUGCUUUCGCUGAAGAACUGGCCUUUCCUCGGGAUGCUUCCCGGAAUGCUCUUCAAUAUCCCUCGAAUUUUUGAUUGGCUUUCUGAGGUUCAUGAGGCCAACGAUAUGACAUUCGCUUUCAAAGGGCCAUGGUUUAGUGGAACAGACAUGUUGUUCACGGUUGAUCCAAGGAAUAUCAAUCACAUGCUCAACUCAAACUUUGCGAAAUCUAAAGGACCAGAAUUCAAGAAGAUCUUUGAUAUCUUGGGAGAUGGAAUCGUAACCGCUGAUAUGGAAUUAUGGGAGGAUCUGAGGAAGUCGGGUCACGCCUUAUUCCACCAUCAGAACUUCCUGAAGCUCUCUGUAAGCAGCACUACAAGUAAGUUAAAGGAUGAUCUUGUUCCAUUUCUUGAUAAAGCUGCUGAGGAAAACAUUGUCAUAGACUUACAAGAUGUGUUCAAGAGAUUCAUGUUUGAUACUGCCUCCAUUUUGAUGACUGGUUAUGAUCAAAUGUCUCUAUCCUAUGAAAUUCCCGGAUAUGAGUUUGGUGAAGCUGCGGACUUCUCUGAAGAAGCUAUCUUCUAUAGACAUCUCAAACCGGUGAUCUUGUGGAGGCUUCAAAACCUGAUUGGUGUUGGAAUUGAGAGGAAGAUACGAAGUGCUUCGGAGAUUUUCAACAUUUUGUUUGGGAAGAUCAUAUCUUCAAGAAGAAAAGAAGAGAUAAGUCGCGUGAAAAAAGAGCCAGGAAUUGACGCAGUAACAUAUUAUAUGAACGUGGACACGACCAAAUAUAAGCUCUUGAAGCCGGGUAAUGAUACAUUUAUAAGAGAUGUUGUUUUGAGUCUAUUGUUGGCAGGAAGGGACACCACAAGCUCAGCUCUCACUUGGUUCUUUUGGCUUCUUUCUAAGCAUCCUCAUGUUAUGACCAAGAUCCGACAAGAGAUCCACACAAACUUUGAUCCCACAGACCUAGAGAAGCUCGUGUAUCUACACGCUGCGUUGUUGGAAUCAAUGAGACUUUACCCGCCGGUUCCCUUCAACCACAAGUCUCCUUCAAAGUCAGAUGUGCUUCCAAGCGGGCACAGAGUUGAAGCAGAAUCAAAGAUUGUGAUCUGUAUCUAUGCAUUGAGUAGAAUGAGAUCUGUAUGGGGAGAAGACGCAUCAGAAUUUAAACCAGAGAGAUGGAUUUCAGAGAAUGGAGGGCUCAAACGUGAACCUUCAUCAAAGUACUUGGUUUUUAAUGCUGGUCCAAGAACUUGCUUGGGUAAACAUUUAGCUCUUUUGCAGAUGAAGAUGGUCGCUAUGGAGAUCAUACAAAAGUAUGAUUUCAAGGUCGUUGAAGGUCAAAAGAUAGAACCAGUCCCCUCUAUCAUACUCCGUAUGAAACAUGGUCUUAAAGUUACAGUCACGAAGAAUAUAUGAUUCUUAUGUUUGUCUGGUUUCUACGAUAACUAUUAGUUUUCCCUUGUCGAUAUGAAAUGCGUUAUAGUAUGUACUCUAUUAAAAUAGAAGUCACAACAUCAUUUCUUGCGUGAUU